AUGACGUCGUCCCGCCGCCCAAACUCAGGCAUCGGCGACAACAACCUCUGCCGCUGGCUAUACGACACCUUCCAAUCCUCCGUCCCCGACCUCCAACUCCUCGUCCUCCGCUUCCUCCCUCUCAUCACCGGUCUCUACCUCUCUCGAAUCCAUAACCGAAAGCCUCAAGCCGGUUUUGAAGCCGUUCUGUUAGCAUUCUACGCGCAUGAAACAACCUCACGCGCCGGACAGCCCGUAACCGCCACGCUCCCUGAUCUCUCCCACCCUAGCCUCUACCACGAGUCAAAAACUCCAUCGCCUUCGAAAAACUCCGCCACGGAUCUCAACAUCGCCGUUGUUUCCCCAACGCUCGAGCCUCACGGAACCGUUAGGUCAACGAGAAGAGCAAGAAUCGUCGGCGUAGCGUUAGAACUCUUCUACAGCAAGAUAUCUUCAAUGCCGACAGAGUCGAAGGUGGAUUUCUGCGAGUUUUGUAAGAUUUGGGCGGGACAAGACGGUAGCAUGUAUAAACAUUUCGAGGAAGAAAGAAUAACAGAAAUCAAAAUCGACGUGAAAAAGAAAGAGAAAGAGAAAGAGAAAGAGAAAGAGAAAGAGAAAGGUAAGGGUAAAGGUAAAGGUGGUGGAAAGGCGGUGGAGGAGGCGGCGGCGGAAGGGAGGAUACCGAUGCCGUGGGAGCUGAUGCAGCCUGUGGUGAGGAUUCUGGCGCAUUGUUUGAUGGGACCGGGGAGUAAUAAAAAUGAGGCGGUGUUUGCGGCGGCGAAUGAGGCUUGCCGGUGCUUGUUUGCACGGUCCAUGCAUGAUGUGAACCCCAUGGCUAUAUUGGCCAUGAGGAGCUUGUUGAGGCUUUCUAAGACUCUUGAUGAUGACUUUGAUCCAACUGAGUUACCUGUAACUGAUAUUAUUACCCUUUAGAUUGUUUUUUUUAUAUGAAUUUUUAAGAUAUUAUUUUUGGCUUA